AAAACCAUAGUCUGGUACCAUAGGAAGCUAAGCGCCAGCGUCUCCUCGCCUGGGUGUCUUGGCGGUGGCUGAUGUACAUCGUCGCGCAUGGAAGCACUCCUAUCAGUGAUCGCCUCCUAUCCCGCAUCCGCUGUUAUGCUUUUGGUAACGUGGCACACUCUCCGUCUGAUCACUGGAUGUGAUCUGUUCGAUUGGUCCACCACCCAUCGCAUGGGUUGCCUCCUUUCUCGCCUAGGUCCGAAACCCGAUCCUCAUGAAAUGAGAUAGGUGGGGCAGAAAGCAAUGUAGGCAGAUGGAGGGGUAGCGAUAAGCUGAGUACGCCAGCUUGGUGGGGUGUGUCGGGGUAUAUUAAGAUGCAUCGCACCCCCUGCUGCUCGGACUCUUCUUUUCAUCAUUCUUUAUCAAAGAAAAAUCCUACUCAUCUAACCCAUCUCCACCCUCUCCCUCCUUUUUACAUAUCACAUACAUCAUUCACAAUGGCUUGGGGCUGGCAAGAAUCCGAGGAGGCUCACCGCCGGAUGCAGGAGCCUGAGAAGCACGAGGGUCACCUCUCUCACGAGCUCAUUGCCGGUGCCGCUUCUUUCGCCGGUAUGAAGGCUUGGGAGGACCACCAGCGCAAGGAAGGAACUAUAAUAGGCAAGCCCGUCAGCCACGCCUUCGCCAAGGAAGCCCUUGCUGGCUUUGUCGGUUCUCAGGUCGACAGACUCAUUGAGACCAAGGGUAGGGACAAGUUCGACGAGAUCAAGGCCAAGAAGCACGCCAAGGAGAACGCUGAGCGCAUGUACGAUGAGCACUACGUACAAGGACAAAAUGCUCCUGAGUACAACCCCAACGAGCACAGACGCCACGAGGCCUUCGACCGCUGGUAAACAUUUCCUGGCAUAUCGCGGUAGACGAUCCUAAGUCAGUUCCAAGUGAUGACGUAUG